UAAACAUGGCGUCUGUCUCACAGUGUGAUAAUUAUGUCACUGAUGUUCUUCGAGGUGUUGCUCGCAUAUGGGAAGCAAACAAGCCAGAGUGAUGGGUACGAGCUCACGACGAGAAGACGAAGAGAACCGCGGGAUUUUUUUCCCAAAAGUAUCGUUUCUCAACAUAGCAGAUCGGAUGCUGGCCGGAUGCUGUGAUUGGUGCUCGGUAAAUGCCUUUGUUAGCAGGACGCUUGCUUGUAUGCAUGGACAGUUGUGGAUUAAAUACCCCAUGCCAUAAUUUAUUGUACACCGGAACGUCGUUUUACAUGUUUUUAUUGGUCGGUGCGUGGACAACGAGAGCACAUUGACCAAUGUGGCUUUACGUUGUCUUGCCUUAUUUCUAACUGAGCAGUGAGUGUGUGUAUCUCAUGCCUUGCUCAACAGCAACACUAUGAUAGGUUCACCUGAUGUGGUGGCUUUCACUAAAGAGGAUGAUGAUGGACAGAACAAUCCUGACCCGUGGGCUAUUCCAGAAGAGUUCUCCAUCCCCCUCCAUCCACUGGCAGGUUCCAACCCUUGGGCUACAACGUCCUACGCCAAGUUCACCAAAGACUUCAUCCUCAUUUCGGAGUUCUCCGAGCAGGUGGGCCCCCAGCCUCUCCUCACCAUCCCAGAUGACCCCAAAGUCUGUGGCACCUUCGAUCUCAACUACUUCUCCCUGCGAAUCAUGUCGGUGGACUACCAGGCUUCGUUCGUGGGGCAUCCACCUGGCAGUGGAUACCCUCGGCUGAGCUUUGUGGAGGACUCAAGGGUGGUACUGGGCGAUUCGAAGGAAGGGGCUUUCGCCUACGUCCAUCACCUGACGCUGUACGACCUGGAGGCGAGGGGAUUCGUGCGACCUUUCUGCAUGGCGUACGUUUCAGCAGACGAGAGGAAAAUCAUGUUGCAGUUCCAGGAGAUGUCCGCCUGCUUCUCAAAGGCCUCCGAGUGUUUGAAGGCAGGGAACCGUAGAGCCUUUGCCAAAGAACUACAGAGGAAGCUUCGAGACUUGGAGUACACUCACGCUGUGCUGCAGAGGGAAGAAGGCCUUCAGAGAGAGGCGGGGCCACAGUGCAUGUAUUCAGCUCAUGCUGUGGAAAAGGCCAACGAGCUGGCCAACGUUGAAAAGAGCAUGUACGAACACAGAGACCUUUUGAGGCAGAUUAGCUCGUACCCCCACCGUCCACGCCGGGACCCUCACGCUGUCGCUUGUCAGAAGUGUAUGAGCGAGUGCGAGGAGCUCUUGGGCACUUUAGCGAACCGUUUCAGUUACACCGACGGAGGGGAGAUUAGAGAGGAGGAUGUUUGUGGACAUAACGGUCAAGGCGGUGAAGGGGAAAUGGGCGAUAAAGACAAAAAUGAGCGUGUUAAACGCAGGCCGUCCUACACGCCCCAACUGAUCAAAGGCAAGUCUGCCAAGUGUUUCGACAAGCGCCUCAAAACCCUCCAAGAGCUUUGCGAUGACACCUUCUUCGAGGCCACCGUGGAGCUCCUGAAAGAGACGGAGAGGAGUUUCAGAGGUGACCUGUGCUAUCUGCACACACGUCGCUUGGAUCGAGCUAUGAGGAGGAAGCAGAGAGUGAUCAACUUUCUGUUUGAGGAGGAACCCUCUGAAGACAGUUUUGAGAGUCAGGACGGACAGUCAACUAUAAGACCAUUUUGUGCUAUGAACCAUGCUGUGGACACCUCGGCACUCUUAAAUCCACCGCCUAUUGUCCUAGGACCAGAACUUCCAAAAUCUCAAACAAGCCAUACUGACAAGACUCUAAAAACCCAAGAUAGUUCAGAGAAAACUAAAGGAAACCGGAGCAACCUGCCAGAAGUUCUGGAUCCUGAGUCUGACUUGACCCCAGACUGUGAAAAUAAAAGUGAUACAGAUCGGGAGAGCAGCAAUGGAUGGGUGGAGGCUGCUAUCGAGGAAGAUCACAACGAUGUAGACGCAAAGGCUUUGGAGGGAUGCAAGACGGACUCUGAGUUGUUGGUUCCGAUAGACGCUGCAUGCUGUAUGGCGCAUGAAGGUUUUCUCGAUAGCCCCCCUGAUGUUGUGCCCUGCCUCAGCGCCCACCUGAAGAAUCCUCAAACCCUUGUGGUCAACCAGGAGCCCCAGGCCUUGCUUCCACUCCAAGAUGACUAUGCUGUGGGAUCUCCUAGCGCUGAGAACCAUACAGCCGGACUCCUUGGAGAUUCACCGUCCCGUACCUCAGCUGAGGAUGGGUCUGAUUGUACCAUGAGUGCGUCGACCGGUUCGGAUUGGACCGCCUCACCCGUGGGCAGCGGCGGGGUGCUGAGCCUGCGUCAGAAGAAGAAGGCCGGGCAAGGGGCCUUGAGAUUUGUGCGCCAGUACCCCUUUGCUGUGCAAGCUCUGUGGUGUCUGCUGAGUGGCAGGACCCUGGUGGUGCUCGGAGCGGACGAGGCCAGAGUCCGCCGGCUGGUUUCCGCUCUGGCCUUGUUUGUACCUUCUCCUGGGAAGUGUGGAGAGAGAAUCCAAACCUGGCUGUGCUGCCCUUUCACCCUUACGGACCUGCAUCAAUGGAAACUUAUUGGAUUGCAAAGAGUGGCCUCCCCUGUGGGUUCCAGCAUGCUUUACUCACUGUCCCGCUACAGUCGCUACAUCUCCAUCCUGGACACCGACCAGAAGACCCUCCGCUGUCCGCCUUAUCGCGGCAAAUUCCUCGCCAACAUAGCCGACCACCGCACCUACGUCCGCCGCGGCUCCACCUACUUUCUUCACCUGCAGAGCACGCUGUGCCAUUUAGCGGCCAAGGCCUUCCUGUUCACCUUCACCCACCACCUGCAUCUGCCGGUCAACGCCACCGAAGGGGCGGACGGCGUGGAGGGCCGCCGCCGCGGCUUCCUACAGGAGCAGCUGGGGCUGGGGGAGGACGACAGCCGGAUAGUGCUCUACCUCAGCCAGUUGAUCACUCAGCACUACCUGCACGCUGUUGGCGGACAUAGCGCGGCAGCACCUUCUUUUAGUUUUAACUACACCACCAGCAUUUUAUACAAAAUCUGAUAUUUUACCAGGGAGCCUACACACACACGCACCCUUUUGUUUUUUAAUAGACUGAUCUUCAUACAGUCAUUUUAAUUUAACGACACUGGUUUUAUUGUGUUAUCUAUCUCAUAUCUGCCUUGCUGUUUUAUUUCUGCUCUCAUUUGCUAGUAUGGAACAAAGAGACGUACUUGUGAAUGUCGAAGACAGUGGGCCCCCAAGCAUGUAGACACUAACAAAAAAAAAGCAUAGCAAAGAUAAAUCUUAGUUACAUUGCAGGAUCCCAGACAUGCCAUGUUUAUGCACCGUAUAUUUAUAUUUUUUUAUUACCACUGUGAAAUUAUUAAUUUUUAAAAUCAGAUUAAUCACCCUUUAAAUUUGAGAUAAGCGUGGUAAAUUAUUUGCUUGCAUAAUUUAAAUUACCUUUAAAAAAAUACCCCAAUGUUUUGACACAAAUGCAAUUUUAUUGUCAGAAUGUCAUACAUGAUUUUUUUUUAGGCUUUACUAAGUAUACGUGAAUUAUUUGCUCAAAACUUGGUAACAGUUUGAAGCAACAUUUGUCACACGGCACAACAAUCGCAGUAUACUCAGUCAUACAUCGUAUUCAUUGACCGUAUUACAACCUUUCAGGUAACCAUCUGCCGUUAAGGUAAAGGAGCAUGUGCUGUCAAAAUAAAUUGGGUGAUUAAUCUGCGUUGAUGCUUGGUUAAUGCGGUAAUUUUUUUGUGAUUAGUCACAAGAGCUCACUCGUUAGAUUUGACCUCCCUGAUUUCUAUGAUAGUAAUCCGACACUGUUGAAAGUCUGAGACCAACUUGCAUUAGCAAGUUAUAUCAACCACAUAGUCUUAUUUCCUUCCUUGUUCUUGUGCAAAUGGGUUCUUUACCCCACAUUCCUGCAGGAACACGUGGAUGUCCGUUUAUAUUCCCCAACCUGGACUAGAUUUGGCUCUUAAGUGCAUGGAGUAAACAUUCCCUGAAGCUUUUGAGCCUCGUUGAAUUUGAUGCUGUCAUCUUCACAUAAUAUUGCAUGUCAUGAGAAAUAUAGGGCGUUUGGGCCCGCAGCAGGAAUGGUAUACCUGCUGAUAAGAUUAAUUCAUGUGCGUUUUUGUGGUCUGUGACUCUGAAGUCUUUAAAGCUAUUUAACCUUAUCGUGUUGAACUUCACUGUUGUCUUAAAGGUGCGAGUGUUGUGGCGUCAGCAUGAGACCGUCUUGUACCGGGGUGAAUUAUAAUGUACGUAAUGCUGCUUUGUCAUAAAUGAAAGGGUCGAUGCGGACAAGACGCGGAAGUUUGUCUAGAUGAGGAAGGGUGGAGUGCGUAAACAUUCUUUCUUUCAAAUACACUUUUUGUUGCUGACUCUGUGACAUUGCUGUAGUUCAGUACCCAGGUAUGUAACUGCAUGAGGUGGAAGGUCAAAAUGUGUUUGUUGUCACAUUUCAGUUUGGAGGAAUUUUACUUUACAUGACCCCUCUUUUUGGUGCAUGAGACCCUAUUAAAGACUUUUUAGCGAGUGUCCCUCUAAUGCAAAAAAAAAAAGUGAAUGUAAUCUGAUCAAGCCAUACCACAGUGUGCGUAACAUGUAAACACUUGGUGUCCUUAAGUUGCAUGUUUGUCUGUGCACAUGGUCGAUGUCCUCGGGAGUCGGCAGUGUUAUCUACACCACAUGGUGUUGUACUUUUUUUCUUAUUUUUUUACUCUGCGCUUUUAGGUCAGUUUUAUUUUUCUCAUUAAAUUAUUACAACUUUUUGCACUUGUGUUUGGAGUUAAUUUUGAGUCAUGUUGAUCAUAAUAAAGCUCACUGUGAUACUGGAACGACAAAUAAAACUGACAGAUCAUCAUUAAACAUGAAGUGCUCCAACA